AACAUGGCGCUUGUCCCCUGCCAGGUGCUGCGGGUGGCCAUCCUGCUGUCCUACUGCUCUAUCCUGUGCAACUAUAAGGCCAUCGAAAUGCCCUCGCAUAAGACCUACGGAGGGAGCUGGAAGUUCCUGACGUUCAUUGAUCUGGUGAUCCAGGCUGUCUUUUUUGGCAUCUGCGUGCUGACUGACCUUUCCAGCCUUCUGACGAGAGGAAGUGGGAACCAAGAGCAGGAGAGGCAACUCAAGAAGCUCAUCUCUCUCCGGGACUGGAUGUUGGCCGUGUUGGCCUUUCCUGUGGGGGUUUUCGUCGUGGCGGUGUUCUGGAUCAUUUACGCCUAUGACAGAGAAAUGAUAUACCCGAAGUUGCUUGAUAACUUUAUCCCAGGGUGGCUGAAUCACGGAAUGCACACGACGGUUUUGCCCUUUAUAUUAAUCGAGAUGAGGACGUCGCACCAUCAGUAUCCCAGCAGGAGCAGCGGACUCACCGCCAUAUGCACCUUCUCUGUUGGCUAUAUAUUAUGGGUGUGCUGGGUGCAUCACGUAACAGGCAUGUGGGUGUACCCUUUCCUGGAACACAUUGGCCCUGGAGCCAGAAUCAUCUUCUUUGGGUCUACAACCAUCCUAAUGAACUUUAUGUACCUGCUGGGAGAAGUUCUGAACAACUAUAUCUGGGAUACACAGAAAGGUAUGGAAGAAGAGAAAGAGAAGCCUAAAUUGGAAUGAAAUCCAAGUCUAAAUGGAAGAGCUGGAUUGAGCACUAUUGAAGACUUGUUACCCCCGACCCCACCCCACCAGGCAUUGGAAGCAGUGCCAUCACCCACCUACCCUGGAAGAGGACACCUUUUAUAUGCAAAUAUGUAUAAAAAUUCCAAAAUAACUCAUCCUCAUUGUGUUUUAAAGAAUUAUUCCCCCCUUUUCUAUGUUUUAAAACCAAAAUUGGUCGUUGUUAAUUAUUUUGUAAUUAUUACUCCAUCUAAUCAAAAAAUAAUAAAAAUCCUAUUAUGCUUCUUGUUAAAAAUAUGUUAAAGUCAAAGAAGCAGACACAGAGCAAAGAUUUGGGGCAUUUAUCCCUAAAGGUGGCUGGAACCAUGAAUUUAGGCCACCAUGUGGGCCCAAGGGGUAGAUGGGUCCAUGUUUUCCUAUUGCAAUAAUGUCACAGUUGCCUGAAAUAGGCAAUGUUAAUAAAAUGCCGUCAAUUUUAGUCAAAACCCUAAAUGUAUUUGGAUCUCCUGAUUGAAUUGUGUGAAACUUUUCCUAGAUUCAAACUUGAAUAAAGACCAAACAACUCCAAA